AAAUAUUUAAAGCAAAUUGUACAUACUUUAAUAAGAAACAAAACAGCUUAAAUAACCUUCUCAUGCUCAGCUCCCUUGUACUCAUUGUGUGAACAAUAAUAAGCCAAUAAUUUUAACGUUAAUGGCCUCGAUUCACUCGUUAAUCUCUCUCUCUCUACUACUUCUUCUUCUACUACUACUACCAUCAACAAUAUCCUCCUCAAACGACAUUAAUUAUACUAAUGAAAACGAAGAAGAAGAGCACUACUAUGAACUCGACAACCCAAUUCCAAAGUUGAGAUCACGAAGUGGUUUCUUCUUGGCCAACAUUAUAAAGAAAGGCGCUAAUUGUGGUCACACCCACAUCAAAGUGUGCGAUGGGGCCUCGGCUAACAAAGGGAAGAGCAUGUUGUUUUGCUGCAAAACGCAUUGUCGUAAUGUUCUAGGAGACCGCAACAACUGCGGGGUGUGUGGCCACAAGUGCAAUUUUGGGGAGAGCUGCUGCGACGGGAAGUGCACUGUCGUUUUGUCCAAUCCUCACCAUUGUGGCAAAUGCGGUCGGCAAUGCAGAAAGGGUGUUAAAUGCGAUAAUGGAUACUGUGGUUAUGCAUAACAACUUCACUCUUGAUUAUCGUAUCGUAGUCUUACAUUAUAAUUGCUGACGUGGCAAAUUAUAGUACG